AUGUCCUUCCAGGAUCACGGCAAGAGAGACAUCUUUGACUUCCUCGAUCACGUCUUCAAGCACAAGGCCACAGCGCCCAAAUACUCACAAGAUGGCAAAUGUGGUCCGAACAAUGGCAAUUUGCUGUGUGAUCCCAACGGCACAGCAUACAAAGGAACAUGCUGUUCUUCUUAUGCUAUAGGUUGGUGUGGUAAUACUCCAGCACAUUGUGGAACUGGCUGCUCGUCUGGCUGCACUGCAAGUUCAGCGGUCGCGAAAUCUCCUAUCCCGACUUCAACAGUUGUCAGAGCUGCACCUUCUGCUUCUGGUGCUGCUCCUCGUGGUGACGGCAGGUGUGGCCCUCAAUUCAGUAACGCAUUGUGUGAUCCCAAUGGCGCAUAUGGUGGCUGUUGCUCAUCUUACGGAUACUGCGGCAACACUGAUAGCCACUGCUCGGUCGCCAAUGGGUGUAUCUCUGGCUGCAAGAGUGCGGUGUCAUCAACGAGCGCUGUUCCAACGCCUUCGGUCGUGUCAUCAAUCGCUUCCUCUAGAGUUGACUCGGCGGCUCCUUCGAGUACGACUGGCGAGCCCGUCAUAUCGGCUGCAUCUUCCUCGGCUGGCAGUGUCUCGACGGGUACAGUCACGAAGGAUGGAACUUGUGGUGCUACUUACGAAAACACCAUCUGUGGUGAUUGGGCUCAAGGUAGCUGCUGCUCCAUGUAUGGAUAUUGCGGAAACAGCACUGCUCAUUGCGGUGAUGGGUGUCAAAGUGGACCUUGCUUGAACGGUGCCGUUGUUGCAGCUCCUGGACCUAGCCCUGCGCCAGUCAAUGCUAAUCCUGGAUCCUUCAAUAUCGUCGGUGACUCUGGUGCACCUGCUAUGCAUGCUGGUCUUCUUCCCAAUGGCAAGGUCGUCUUCCUUGACAAAGUUGAAAACUACACACAGAUUAAGCUUCCCAAUGGUCAAUACGCAUACUCAACUGAGUACGACCCUGCUACCAACAAGUACACCCCUCUGGCCUACAAGACAAACGCUUUCUGUGCUGGUGGUUCUUUCCUUGCCAAUGGCCAAUUCAUCUCCCUGGGCGGCAAUGCUCCCCUCGACUUCAUCGACCCCACUGUAGGAGAUGGAUUUGACUCCAUUCGUUACCUGACUCGUUCGCCUUCUGAUGCUUCCUUGGACGGACAAGACUGGAGCGAACCGGGUAACAAACUCAGCACUAAGCGAUGGUAUCCAUCGGUACAAACACUCCCUGAUGGUAGACUCUUUGUUGCGUCUGGAUCUCUGAACGGUCUUGAUCCUACUGUGCCGGCCAACAACAACCCAACAUAUGAGAUUCUGGACAAGGUUGGUAAAUCAUCUGGCGUCUCCAUCCCAAUGGAGAUCCUGGUCAAAAAUCAGCCUUACUACAUGUACCCGUUUAUGCACCAGCUGAAGGAUGGCUCGCUCUUCAUCUUCGUCUCCAAAUCAUCCGAACUCUUCAAUGUUGACACGAACACUACGCUGCGGACCUUUGCAGACCUUCCUGGUGACUACCGUACUUAUCCCAACACCGGUGGCUCUGUCCUUCUUCCCUUAUCUUCCGCAUAUGACUGGAACCCCGAUAUCAUCAUCUGUGGUGGUGGCGCAUACCAAGACAUUACUUCUCCCACCGACCCUAGCUGCGGUCGCAUCCAACCACUCUCGACGACACCAAAGUGGGAGAUGGACUCGAUGCCCCAAGGCCGCGGUAUGGUAGAAGGUACGCUACUCCCCGACGGUACCGUCGUCUUCGUCAAUGGAGGCAACGAAGGCGCUCAAGGCUUCGGCCUUGCCCGCGAUCCAACCUUUGAGGCCUUGAUCUACGACCCGGCAAAGCCACUCGGUCAACGCUUCACCACUGGCGCCUCAUCCACGAUCCCUCGUCUCUACCACUCCGUGGCUCUGCUGCUCCUCGACGGCACUCUGAUGGUCGCCGGCUCAAAUCCAGUCGAGCAGCCCAUCCUCCAGCCCACAACCGCAGACCCUUACGUCACAGAGUUCAGAGUCGAAAUCUACACGCCACCAUACCUUGCCGGUGACAAUGCGAACAAACGCCCCACAGACAUCACUCUAUCAUCCAAGGCCUUGCAGGCAAACUCUCAAACCUUCAACAUUGAGUUCACCGUCCCUGCUGGUGCGAAGAGUGUCAAGGUGUCACUGUAUCAUGGUGGCUUUGUGACGCACUCAGUACACAUGAGCCAUCGUAUGUUGUUCCUGGACAACAGUGGUUGGAAGGUGGGAGCUACACAGCAGACCCUCACUGUGACCAUGCCACCGAACGCUAAUGUGGCGCCACCUGGUCCGUAUGUGGUCUAUGUGGUUGUGGACGGUGUUCCUGGUAUCGGACAGUUUGUACAGGUUUCUUGA